UAAAGUCGUCUGCGGGGGUUGAUCCCUUUAAAAAAAAUCUCUCUCCGUCAAGCCUGGCGUGGAGUUUUUUUUGUAUUAUUCUCUUCAAGGCACGAAUUUGCCAGUGACACCUCACGUGAACCUCCUUCAAUUUCGCGCACUAAUCCUAAAAGAAGGCAUGAAGUGUUAAAUGUUAGAAACACACAGAACCGCGUGCAGACAAGGAGAGAGAGGGCGAAAAACGAGAGAGCGACGCACGCGCUGUUCUAGUGCGUCUGUGCAAACACUGCGUUAAAGAGAGAGAGAGAAAAAAGAUCCAAUUUCAAAAAACCAAAAACGUGCGCAGCACAAUUAGGCUAGAAAACCCCUUGUUUUUUCAACAUUUUUUUUUUUUAAAUAAAAUAAAUAAAGAAAUCAAGCUGGCUCAGUGCGUGUCACCGCACCCCGCUUUGACAGGUGCUGCUCAACCCGUUUGGAGGACUGCUGUCAGCAGCAGCAAAAGGAUGGCAUCAGAACUGGCAAUGAGCAACUCCGACCUGCCCACCAGUCCCCUGGCCAUGGAAUAUGUUAAUGACUUCGAUCUGAUGAAGUUUGAAGUGAAAAAGGAGCCGGUGGAGCCGGAUCGCAGCAUCAGCCAGUGCAGCCGUCUGAUCACCGGGGGAUCCUUGUCUUCCACCCCGAUGAGCACGCCUUGCAGCUCGGUUCCCCCUUCCCCAAGCUUUUCGGCGCCCAGCCCGGGCUCCGGGAGCGAGCAGAAGGCUCACCUGGAGGAUUUUUACUGGAUGAGCGGCUACCAACAGCAGCUGAAUCCCGAAGCGCUGGGCUUCAGCCCCGAAGACGCGGUAGAGGCGCUGAUCAGCAGCAGUCACCAGCUCCAGUCCUUCGAUGGCUAUGCUAGAGGGCAGCAGUUUGCCGGGUCGGCCGGGGCAGGAGGCGGCAUGGCCGGGGAGGAGAUGGGCUCAGCAGCCGCUGUGGUAUCGGCUGUUAUCGCUGCAGCAGCAGCGCAGAACGGAGGUCCCCACCACCACCACCAUCAUCACCACCACGCCGGGGGACACCACCCCUCUACCGGGGUCCCGUCCAACGCUAGCUCGGCGGGCAGCCACCAACACAUGGGACACCUGGACCUGGACGACAGGUUUUCGGACGACCAGCUGGUGACCAUGUCAGUACGGGAGCUGAACCGACACCUCCGCGGGGUCAGCAAAGAGGAGGUGAUCCGGCUGAAACAGAAGAGGAGAACCCUAAAGAACAGAGGCUAUGCCCAGUCAUGCCGCUACAAGCGGGUCCAGCAGAGACAUGUUCUGGAGGGUGAGAAGACGCAGCUGGUCCAGCAGGUGGACCACCUCAAGGCGGAGAUGUCGCGGCUGGCCAGGGAGAGGGACGCAUACAAGGACAAGUACGAGAAGCUCAUCACCAACGGCUUCAGAGAAAACGGAUCCAGCAGUGACAACACCCCCUCAUCCCCAGAGUUCUUCAUGACGUCCAGAAAGUUCCUCCAUCUGUGAUAGUGACCCCUGAACCCUGCCCCCUGACCCUUGACCUGGAGUCUGAGAAACCAUGACAGAGGAAUGGUGAUGUCUUACCAACGUCGUUCCAUGGCACCGGACUGUGACAAAGCACAACGUCCACACAACGUCUCCAAACCACCCAUAAACCAACCAACAGUCCCUGUACAGAAGUCCAGACAGACCCAGUCGCCCAACACUUUGUCUUUCAUGACGAGAUUAUUGACAGAAACAAAUGACAACAAAACCUAACACCCAAGAAAAAGACUUCAUGUUUGAUUCAACUACUAAAACUCCUGGAUUCCCUCUUCCUCUGGCAUCACCAGUAGCUACGGACGCAAUUCUGACUCAACAUGACAAAGAUACAGUACCUCCUCAUUGUAAAUAGCAUUUUGUAGAGUAUUCUAUGUAAUAAUAUGUAGGUUGGAGGUCUUUAACUGUAGACGGAUACUGUAGAGGGGAGAAGCGAUGACAGUGAGUCCCAUUUAGCCCAUGAUGUGAAUGUAAAUAAUAUACAGUAGGGCCUCGUAUGAAACAAAACUACUGCAUCUGUAUAUAGCCACGAAACCAUACCUCUAUGUAUAUAGGCAUUACAUUAUACCUCCUUAUUUCUCCUACCCCCCUUCAAUCCCCUUAAACUAGCACAAUGAUACUCACCACUCCCUAUAUCUCUGUAGACAGACAUAGAAUAGAUAUAUACAGGAGGAGACUAGAGACACAGAGGGAAGAUAUACAGUGUGUGAUGCAGGUGGCAACACACUGGGGUGAAAAACACAGGCCCACUUUGGCUGGAACUGGUGAACUCUCCCUGCCACAAAGACGGUCAGAGGGGAUGUGUUGCCAUGUCGAGAGGUCUCUCUUCUCCUCUCCCUUUAGUGUUAAACUACCACAGUUCAACCUGUAGCCACAGUGUAGCUAUUAGAUAAGAUGAAUUUGUACAUGUAUUUUACUGCUUAGUGAAGUGACGGGUCCAGUUGAAAGGUUUGGCAGCUUUCUACAGUCCACUCAAUGUACAAACUUGAUUGGUUUUCAUCUCCACUCCCUCCCCCUCCAUUCCUGAUUGGCUAGUCCUCCUCGCUCCUCUAGUCCUGAUGAGGCUGUUGAUAGUCAGUGGGAAUGUCCAUCAGACGGCCUGUUGGCCCGAAGGCCUCUCUGAGACCAGGCGCUCGCUUAGCUCCCACAGGCUGGCUGCAGUGGCCUGGUCUUCGGGCUGGGGGAGGGUAGGCAGAAGAAACAGUUGUUGAAGUACAUGCCUCCAAAACCCUCCAGCUCCGGAGCUACUGCACAGUACACUGUGGUGGCUGACCCCUGUUGCUGUGAACUCACAGACAGAGAGAAAGAGUGAGAGAGAGAUACACACACAACAUGGAGGACCCUGAUCAACAUUAUCUUUGUGGGAGGAGAGGACCAUCAGAGAGAUACACAGAAACCCUCCCGUCUGCCAAGAGACAAAUGAGAUCCUGCCACUCUAAAGAUGCUGCCAAGACCUCCACCAGAAUAAACACACAUCUGGACUCAGCGACCCCCCCCCCCCCACCCCCCCACCCACCCACCAUCUUUCCUGCAUGACCCCAGAGCAUCUGUACGAGACAGAGGAGGAACUCCAUACAAAUGGAGAGAGACAGAUAGAGAUAUCGAGAGGAUAAACCCCAGAGACACCCCUCUCUGCCACAGCCCAUAAUGAUGGGACAGUGUUACCAUGGGGACCAUGGCCCUGUAUAUAUAUUUAUAUACAUAUAUUUAUUUCUAUAUUGUGUGUGAACAGGACUGCUAACUAUCCAGAGUGCAUGCUGAUAUAUAUGUGGUAAAUACAAUGCUAACUGUCCACAAAACAGCACAGAUCUCCGCAAAAAAAAAAA